UGUGCGUGUAUGGGUGGAUGACGCUCCAUCCCCCUCCCUGCUGGCUGCUUCGAGCACAACACACCCGACGUGAAGAAGAAGAAAAAAAAAUAAAAGAGGUGGAAAAGGAAGCGGAGUCUGGCACGGGGCGCGUUUGUUGUCAGGAGGAAAUGACAAAAACAAGCAGCUCGUUUUUGAACCGUGAGUGAUUCCCACCCGGCAUGCCCCGGCAGAGGAGAAGCUAACGACGGUUAAACGGCUGACGAUGGCUUCGGUGCGGAUGGUGGGCAAAGUUACGGCAAGACUUUUGGGAAGUAUUCAGCCUCUUCACCGCGGUCUCAGAACCGCACGCCCGGCUCCAUUUCUUCACCAGGUUCAACAGAGACUGCCCCUACUUGGAAAUUGUCAAGCACUUUUCUGCAGCACACUCCCGCCCCCCAGUGAUGUGUCCUUGAAGUACAAAUAUGGCCGUCUGGUUCUGGAGGUCCCGUUGCCCUCCAGGAAUGAGAAGUGUCUGUUCUUCCUCAGGCCCAUGCUGAUGAGCGUAGGAGACCUGAUCACAGAUCUGCAUAGAGAGGACCCCGGAGUCACUGCCUCUGUAUUAUCCACAGAUGGAGAACGCGUAGCCAGCUCCACGCUGAUCGACACUCUGCUGGACAAGGACUUCCAGCUCGUCAUCAAUGAUGCAGUUUAUCCCGUCUGCUCUCCUGAAAAGGUGACUACAUCCAAUGAGCAUGCCAUGGAGUUGGUGGACAUGAAGCAUGUUGUGCAUCUGCUGCACACGGCGCUCCACCUGCCCGAGCACCACCUGCUGCAAGAGAGGCAGCUGCUGGAGAGACUGGACAACCUCAAACAGGAGCUGUCGCCUCUGGAGAAGAUGAAAGCACAGCUGGCCCAAACAGCAGACUUCCACUCCUCCAGGGUCGCCUGGACCGGCAUGGCCUUGUUAUCUGUGCAGGGUGGAGCUCUGGCCUGGCUCACCUGGUGGGUCUAUUCGUGGGACGUCAUGGAGCCCGUCACUUACUUCAUCACCUACGCCACCAGCAUGGGAGCCUUCGCCUAUUAUGUCCUCACCAAACAGGAUUAUGUGUACCCAGAGGUGAAAGACAGACAGUUCCUGCAUUACUUUUAUAAGGGUGCCAGCAAGAAGAAAUUCAACGUGACAAAGUACAAUGAACUGAAGGAGGAGCUGUCUCAGGUGGAGGAAGACCUGAGACGUCUGAGGAACCCAACUGAACUCCAGCUGCCAGUUGAACAGAUUCAGCCAAAGCCAUGAACGAUGCCAAGCCAUACAUACAGUCACCUACACGCUGAAAUGCAAAAACAAUUUUUCUGAUUUAUUUUGAUAAAGGCGCCUUUUUACCAAGAAUCCAUAGCAUCUUGUGUUGUGUUUACAGUCUUGAUAAUGAUGCCAAUUUAUCUGAGAAAAGUACAGACACCAAGGACUGUUGAAAUAAAAUGAAUUGGUCAAAUCUG